CCUUUUUAUUACAUAUUCAAUUCCAACCGGUGAAGGUAAACAAAUAUAUUAGAUCUAAUAUUAAAAUUAAAUUAAAUAAAUGGCUAAACAUCAUCCAGAUUUAAUCUUUUGUCGUAAGCAACCUGGAGUUGCUAUUGGCCGAUUAUGCGAAAAAUGUGAUGGCAAAUGUGUUAUUUGUGAUUCCUAUGUUCGACCAUGCACACUAGUACGUAUUUGCGAUGAAUGUAAUUAUGGAUCUUAUCAGGGGCGUUGUGUUAUUUGUGGCGGUCCAGGUGUUUCCGAUGCUUACUAUUGUAAAGAGUGUACAAUACAGGAAAAAGACCGCGAUGGUUGCCCCAAAAUUGUGAACCUUGGAAGCUCUAAAACAGAUCUGUUCUAUGAAAGGAAAAAAUAUGGGUUUAAGCAAAACUAUUAGCAUUGGAUAUUAUAUAUACAUACCUAUAUUUUAUACUUUAAUCCACAAAAUAUAUAAAUUGAUAAAACCAACAUAUAAUAAACCUCAAAUUAAAGAGUAAAAAUGUGAA